AUGAGGACAGAGGACUGGUCUGAGAGGGCAGAGACAUGGGACACAACCAUCAACACAACCAUCAACGCAACCGUCAACACAACCAUCAACGCAACCAUCAACGCAACCGUCAACGCAACCGUCAACGCAACCGUCAACACAAGCAUCAACACAAGCAUCAACAUAACCAUCAACAUAACCAUCAACACAAGCAUCAACAUAACCAUCAACAUAACCGUCAACACAAGCAUCAACAUAACCCCUCACCCCUCACCCCUCAUCAACAUAACCAUCAACAUAACCGUCAACACAAGCGUCAACACAACCGUCAACACAAGCGUCAACACAAGCGUCAACACAAGCGUCAACACAAGCAUCAACACAAGCAUCAACACAAGCGUCAACACAACCAUCAACACAACCGUCAACACAAGCAUCAACUCUAGUAUCAACACAACCGUCAACGCAAGCAUCAACGCAAGCAUCAACGCAACCAUCAACGCAACCAUCAACGCAACCAUCAACACAACCAUCAACACAAGCAUCAACACAAGCAUCAACACAAGCCUCAACACAAGCUUCAACACAAGCCUCAACACAAGCCUCAACACAAGCGUCAACACAGGCGUCAACACAGGCGUCAACACAGGCGUCAACACAAGCGUCAACACAUACAGGCGUCAACACAAGCGUCAACACAAGCGUCAACACAAGAGUCAACACCAGCGUCAACACAAGCGUCAACACAAGCGUCAACACAAGCGUCAACACAAGAGUCAACACAAGCGUCAACACAAGCGUCAACACAACAUCUCAAUAAAUUAA